AUGUUGCAGCGACCUGCAGUGACAUUUCUGGACUCCAGAGACCCAUUCCAUAGGCAAAAGGGUUUCCCAGGCUCACAGCCUAGAGGCGUUGAGCCCCUGGCCACUGUUUUGACUGCUGGCGGUACAAAACAGUCCACCCCACACCACUGCCGCCUGGCUCACUGCAGCCAUCAAAAAGUUAAAGCCAAGAUGUUAAUUAACAUUGUGCACCAAGACGGCAGGCAUAAGGUGAGAAUGCAACAUUCAAGAUCUCAACCAUACAUCAAUCAGAAGCCCCUGUGCAGUUUCCAAGAUGUUUUGAUAAACUUUUUGGUGAAAUGGGGAACUGCAAAUACAUGA